CUCAGAUCAGAGAAGUCGUCAGUUGGAUCUUUGGCACUAACAUCAACGCAGUAACACGAUACCAGUAACCUAAUACGCGAUUAUUGUUUCGCAUAGUUGGGAUUUAGUUUUCCGCGCUCUCUGGUGGGACUAUUAACUAAGUUUUUCUUGUCGGUGUAGCUCGGUCCCAUCACCGCGAUGAGUGUGAGUAUGACCUCGGACAACGUUUUUAUGACGGCUCUGCAGCCCAAUUCGACCGUCAGUACUUACGCGGUCCCGUCCGAUAACGAGCUAUCGCACGGCGGGAUGCACGCCAAGGAGGAGAGCAGAUUUAAGCGCGUUCACCAGCAGGUGUCCUUGAGGCUGGCGGAGAAAUCGACACUUCCGCGACAGAACGGCUCUACUUCACAAUACGCCGUUUCAGAGUCUGGAAAUUAUUCAACAAUGACAAAAUAUCCGACACAGACUGCCACCCCAAAUUUUAGCUCAAAAUCUUUUGUCUAUUCUGCAACCAGACCAGUGGCAAUGGCCCAACGUGCAUCCCAAUACGCCAGUGGUGGUUAUUCAUCUCGCUCUGCUAUCGAUUUCGCCCCAAAAACAAAAAUGAGCUACACGGCGAGAAGUGGUGGAGGCGGAGGAGCCUAUUACCAAGAAGACAUGGUUGGGGGCGGGUACCAGGGUGGGGGGUACCAAGGUGGCGGGUACCAAGGUGCCGUGUACCAAGGUGCCGGUUAUCAGGGUGGCCAGGUGCAGCAGCAGGUCAGCACAAUGACUCGUUCCUUAAACCGUAUGGCAACCGACCCUGAGACCUCGUCGAUGCGUUCCAUGCGAAUUGGAAGCAUGCCACGGCAGGCGGUAUCUUCCUGGGUGACACAGGACGACAGCGACGAAAGCGCUUCGGAACGCGAAGCCAUCUUAUCACGUCAGGCCACCAUCCAAAGCAUGAGCAACGGCUACGCCACCAGUACCUACCCACGUCCUUCCGUGUACUCCACUAGAGUCAACGGAUUUGAAGGUGGGCAGCAGCAGGUCAGUUCCAUGACGCUACCGGCCAUGCGACGUUCCAUGAGCGGGACGCUCCAGAGUAGCGGGGGAGGCGGUGCCGUGGAGCAGGAGGUCUACGUUCGUCAGCAGUCCUUCAAAGGCCCCGCCUUCCGCACCAUCAGUCGAAUCAACAAUCGCCAACAGACGCGAGGGGCAACCAUCUCAUCUGGCGGAAUGUAUGGAACCAUGCCAGCAGGGUUCAGCGGUUCCCAGGGCAACCUGGCCAUGGUGCAGCAGGGACGACUGUCACGUGCCGGCUCUGUGAGGAGUAUUCACAGUGUUGGGAGGGGCAAGGAUGUGUUCGAUGGCAUGGAUAUGGCGGGCAGCAUGGGAAACCUGAGCGGAAUCAACAACCUGGACAUGCCUACUGCUAUAGGUUAUCUUGAUCAGCCCGAUCCAGAACUUCAGAUGAUGGGAGCAGCCUACAUCCAGCACGAGUGUUACCAUAACAGUGAUGCAAAGAAAACAGUGAGAAUGCAGAAGGGUAUCCCUUCUCUAGUGCAGCUCUUUAACGCUGACAAUGAGGAGGUACAGCGCUACGCCACCGGGGCCACCAGGAACCUCAUCUAUGAGAACAUGGAGAACAAAGUGGCCCUCAUUGAAGCCGGUGGGAUCCCUAAACUCAUAGAAGCCCUUAAAAAGGAUGAUGAUGAACUUCGCAAGAACAUCACAGGUAUCCUGUGGAAUCUCUCAUCUAAGGAUAACCUGAAAGAGAGAUUGGCACGGGACACUCUUGGUGAUUUGACUGAAAUGAUACUGGUUCCCCUCUCGGGCACUGGGGAUAAGGAGUUCAUUGAACUAAACCCAUCAGAGUCAGACAUCUUCUUCAACACCACUGGAUGUCUCAGAAACUUGAGCUCAGUCCACGAGAGGACCAGACAACAAAUGAGAGAGACCCCUAACCUUAUAGAUGCUCUCGUUGGCUAUGUUCAAAAAUGUUUUGAGGACUGUAAAUAUGAAGAGAAGGGUGUGGAGAACGCGGUGUGUGUAUUGAGGAAUCUGUCUUAUCAGCUGUAUUCUGAGAUUCCCCUAACAAUACAAAACAGACUGGAGGGUCCGAAUCGUGCUACAGGUUCAUCAAAGGGCGAACCUAUCGGAUGUUUCACCCCUCAGAGCAAGAAAGCCAAAGAUAGGCAAAAUCAGGACCUUACUACAUUUUCAGAAGUGUCAAAAUUGCCAAAAGGUAUGGAGUGGCUCUGGCACCCUCAGAUAGUGGAUAUGUAUCACCAGGUGCUGCAGAAAUGUGAGAUCAACAGUACAACAAGAGAGGCUGCAGCUGGAGCCCUGCAGAACAUCACUGCUGGAGACAAGCGGUGGGCGUCCAUCUUGAGUCGUGUGGCGAUAGAGCAGAACAGGAUAUUGCCCACCAUCAUGGAUCUCUUCAGCAAAACCAAAAACGAUUCAGAGCUCCGUGCCCUCACCGGCUUCGUCAGAAACCUCUCCCGGCACGCUAGAAACAAGGAUGAUAUGGCCGUCAAAGUGGUCCAGAACUUGGUCCUCUUGCUGCCCGAUGAUGGCACGGUGAGGACCCCAUCAAGCGACGUGGUGAUGAACAUCUGCGGGGCUCUCAACAACCUGGUGACUACAAGCAGUGUGGCAGCAAGAGAUAUCAGCUACUUCGAUGGGUUGCCCAAGUUACAAGGGAUCUAUACCAAUCACGACGGAAGCCCUGAUAAACUAAAAGCUGCCAAAGCAGCGGGGACGGUAAUGAGGAAUAUGUUCCAGUACAGGAAACUCCACAAAGAUUACAAAAAUAAAGGGUUCAACAAAGAGCAGUUCACACAACUGGCCGUCUGAACAUCUUCAUAUGGGUGGCUAAUACAUCUAUCAUAUUUUUAUAAAAAAAAGACAUUUAAUAAGAACAAUGGAUAGAGACACUCACGGUUCAACUAAGGAAAAUUCAAAGCCAACUCAACCUGCAACAAACAUACAAUGUUGUGAAACAUAAAAUACGGACAAGACUUUAUUGCUCGGACGCACCUUUGUUAUUUGCUUUUAAGCAAUUUUCCAAAACAUCUUUAGGGAUUUAUUGUGUAUGAUAAUAUUGUGUUUUACUGACUGCUACUUGUAAAACAAAUUUACAAGACUAUACAUGAUCAGGACAUCACUCUUUAUACAAUUCUGUUGUUUUAUAUUUUAUUUUUUUAGAUAUUUGUCGACAAGCUAGCUGUUUUAAACGAAAGAAUUUAAAUUGUAAUGGUAUAAGAAGUCCAUAAGUUUACAGACUAAUGGACAUGUUUGUGCUGUAACCCUGCUUAUCAUAACACAUAUGCUUACAUCUAACUAGUUUGUUAAAAAUCUAUUUGGGUUUUCUAUGUUUUUGGUGCUUUGCAUGUACAAAAAGCUUCUUGAUGCAAUUAUGUAUGAUUAUUUCAUAUGCAAAUAAUAAUAGUUUUAAUAAUAAUUAUAUAAGGACACACUAAUGAAUGAAUGAAUGUAAACGUGUUGUGUGGUUGCAUUAAACCCAUUGACUGAUGGGGUCACAGGGUGCAGCUUGCGAUCUGCAUUCCACAGAGUUUUGUAUAUCUUUACAGUAGAGUAUAUGUCUUUAUUGAAAAUUUGUUAGUAUGCCAAAUUAAUACAGAUUUUUCUACGCAGUUCACAAACAGAAGUGUUCACCUUUGGCAAUAGCAAUGUACAUCAUUUAUAUUUUCAUCUUUAAGAGAAUACGAAUGUCUUAUUUUUCGUAAAUGUAUUCGGUGCAAUACGUGCAUUAAUUUGACACUAAGCACCUUUACUUACAUUAGUAGUGUUAAUUUUUUGUAUAAAGUUUUUAUUUCGUUUACCAAAUGUGCGGUUUGGGUUGGAAUGUUUUUGUUUCUUAUAUUUAAUCUGGUGUGUAUGCGACAAUGCUGUCAGACUGUUAUGAAUGAUUUGUAAUCUUUAAAUAUCUCCGAAAUACAUUUAUAGGAUCGUGAAUGAAUCCGGCUGAGAGGUCUUCUGACCUUUAAGAAUGCACAGAAUGUUUUUUUUCUAAAUCCUUUGAUCAUUUCCAUUCCCAAAUGUCUAAGUGUUUUAUAACUCGACAAAAAUGCAUUGUAAAAUAAACGUAUGUAAGUGUCAUAGGUCUAUGUUCAUGUAAAAGACAAAAAAUAAACAAUAAAAAAGUAAAUAAACUGUA